CCUUAUUUCAAGAAGUAUAAAAAGGCUGGUGGCCGAUCGAGUUUAGUCAUCAUCCAUCUCUCUCAGCUCUCACAACUAAGCGAACUAAAGAUGAAAUCUACCGUGUGCUGCCUGUUGGUUCUCGCUGUUGCUGCUCAAGCCCAGCAUUACUAUAACAACUAUGGAUACGCUGGACUAGGUGCUGGCUACGGUGGAUAUGCUGGAUACUAUCCAGUUGCUCCGGCCGCUCCGGUCGCUUAUCACGGAGUCCCAGCUGCUGUUCCAGCCGUCGUUCCCGCAUACGGUUACCCCAGCUUCACUUCCACCCAGUAUCACGCUCAGGAUGAGAUGGGUCAGGCCAGAUUCGGUUAUGCUCACCCUGGACAGGCCGCUUCCAACUAUCGCGAUGGUUUGGGCAACCAGAUCGGCAGCUACGCUUACUUCAAUCCCGAAGGUAAAGAGGUCCGCGUUUCCUACACCGCCGAUCACCGAGGCUUCCGUGUCCUUUCCAACGACUUGCCAGUGGCUCCCGUUGCCAACCUGGUAGCACCGGUUCAAGUUCCAGAAACCAUCGAAGUGGCUCAGGCUAAGGCCGCUCACUUGGCCGCUCACGCCGAGGCUACAGCCGCUCACGCUGCCGCCAAAGCCGCCCUUCCAGUUACACCUGUUGCAGCUGCUGCACCCACCACGACCGCCUAGAUGUUAGAAAAAGACUCGAUAAUUAGCAAUUAGUUUCUUCCUCCUUGUACAAUAAGCUCAUCAUAAUCCAUUUUUUCUCGCUACAAAAAAGUCGAAUGAAUAAACAAAAUGUUUUUCCAUUAA